GCCCCACAUGUAGCAGUAAAUUGUUCAGUUCUAUUGUUUUUUUCCCGACACCGGACACCGGACACCGACGAUAACGACGACGACGGAUUCUUGCCGGAUCCGAAAAUGUAUACUCGCUUCUUAAUUGUGUUUUCGCUGGUGGCGGUGCUGCUGUUCCUCUACGGGGCCAUCGUCAACGUUGGCUACAUCGAGGAAAACCGCUGCCGGAUGACUUACAUGUUCGAGCAUCCGCAGUACACCCGGAUCCCGGUGCAGGGUGGCGAACGGUUCCCAAAGUAUGCCCUCUAUGCCUACUCGGAGGGCUACAUCACGCAGCGUGUCCAGCAACGCCACUUCACCGGCGCUCCGGUGCUAUUUGUUCCGGGCAGCGGCGGUUCGUUCAAGCAGGUCCGCUCUCUCGCUUCGGUGGCGCUGCGAAAGGGAAUCGACAACAAUUGGCAGGCCCAUCUGGAUUACUUCAGCGUAGACCUGAACGAGGAGCUAUCCGGCGUGUACGGUGGCUACUUGCAGGAUCAAACCGAUUUCCUCGAACUGUGCAUCCAGGAGAUCAUCCGACUGUAUGGAGGCCGUGCAGCACGAAUGUUUCUCGUGGGCCACUCGGUUGGUGGAAAGCUUGCCCAGGCUGUCGUGGCUUUAGGAAGCGAUGGGAAACGCAUCGAGCGGCACGUGGCCGGUAUCAUUACUAUCUCGGCACCGAUGGACAAACCUGUAGCGCUGCUCGAUCAUUACCACCAGAGUUUCUACGAUCGAAUCGAGCAGGCGUGGCGAGCAAAUCGAUCCAUCGCGGUACCUGGUGCUGCAACACCAUCUACUGGUCGCCCUCUAGACGGUCUACUGCUCGUAACGAUCGGUGGUGGCAUCCGAGAUAUCAUUGUGCACGAUGGUUUAACCGAUUCACGCUAUGCCGAUCUGCACGCCAUGACACAUAACAUCCCGAACGUGUGGCUUUCGGUUGAUCAUCUCUGCGCAAUGUGGUGCCUACAGUUUGUGCUGGUGACGAAUCGCUUCCUUUACAGCAUGAUUACCGCACAACAGGGCCGUAACAGUUACGGUUUCGUAGAGGACAAGCGGACGAUGGUCGCACACGCGAACCGAUUCCUUGUGCAACCGUUUUCCGGCAAGGAGAACCCUGACUACAUCGUACACCAGCCCGAGCAAGAAGAAUGGGUCGAAGACAUUCGACGUUCGUUUACCGAGCAACAUCGGACCGGGUUGACACGCACACGCGUUCAGAUGAUCCGUCUGAUCCCGGACAAACCGCAACAUCGGUUCCUCCGAGUAGAGGUAAUCAAUGCUGAGCAGGAGCACGACUGGUUGUCGGUGUGUGACGCGGUGGAUGUGUACGAAAACUCGCGCAUCUGCCAGCGAUCAUUCUCACUCGUUAACCAUACACUACCGGUGCCAUCGUCCAAGUUUGAUCGUGCCGGUGCACUGUUGGAUCUGCAUGAGCUGAAGCAACGGAAUCCGCGCUGGACGCACGUACUGGUGAAAAUCCGGCGCACCUUCAAGCCCGUACAGUUCAGCGUGGAUGUGUUCAAUCCGGCGGAGCGUGAAAUCCAUGUCGCUAUGCCGCAUUGGUUCGAUUACAGGAAGCGGACGAUACUGCAGCAUGCUUCGACGGACGAUUCAUUCUAUCGGCUCAAAGUGAGCGGCAUGAUCCAUACGUACCAGACGAUCGCCCUGGAUCUACAAGCCAUCAGGUGUGAUGCUGUCAAGGGUUCUGUAGUGGUUAAGGUUCACGUACCCUGGGCCAAAGGAUACGAUCGUUAUGCGUAUCAUGAGGAUCUUAACGGGACCACCGUUUACAUUUACCCACCGAUCGAGAAUCCACUGCUAUCCGGAGGUAGCAAGGAAGAGGCGCUAAUCGAGGUCGACAUACAUCUUACGCCCGGCUGUUCCUAUCGCAUCGACUAUCGUCAAUCACUGCGCGUUAGUAUUGCGCGGAUUGUGCAGCAGUAUCUGGUUGUAAUUCCGGCGCACUGUGUCGCGCUGCUGCUUCUGGCGUUCAAUGAUCAGCUAACACAAACGGAUCCGGAGGCACCGGCCUUCGUGGUAGGUAAGCUACGGUCAUCGCUAACCAAACCGACCGCACUGGUGGUGCUGCUUGGGGUAACGUCUCUUUUAGGCAAGUUCCUGCCGCUGUUUAAAUCCAUACCACCGAUCGAGGCCCUCAGCACGCCGCUCACCGUGUCGAUCGUGAUCCAUCUGGUCGCUGCCGGAUUGCUACUCGUGACGACACUGGCACUCUGGGGCUCCAUAGCGUUCUGUGCCAACUUUGCUCACAAAAUCAUUCUACGCCUGAUCGCGCUCCCGAUUCCGAUCAUGUCAUCGACGUUCCUAUCCUGUAUCCACCGGUUCCCGCUGGCCAUGGCCGUACUGUUGAUCGCGAUUGCACUGACAGCGUGCGGUGGUGUCAGUAUGCUGUGUGCGGCCGCUGUCUACUUUGUGCUGCUCUCGAAAGCAUACGAGGACUAUCUGGAGAACUUUGUGUUCCAUACGGCGCGCCGAAUCGCGGCCCGACUAUUCGGGGCCAUUGCUGGUGAACAGCGGGAGGCGGACAAUCAACGGCGCCGUCGUAAGCGUCGGACCGCGGCCAACGAAACAGGCGAUGAACUGAUGGUGAUCAACUUUCAUCUGCCGCUGUUCUUUCUGGUGCUGCUGCUGGCCGUGCUGAAUGUGCCAAGCGUGAUCACGUGGGCCAAAAAUUAUCACUACGCCAACACGCUCCAACCGGACCCAUCGCUCGUGCCAGCCCUCGUGGUGCUCGUGUGUCUUGCGGUGCUGUGGCAACUCAAUACACCACGAAACGUGCGGGGCUACGAGUUGGUGGCCGCCCUGCUGGUCAUUAUGGCCUUUGUGGCUGUGCUCUACUGUCAAGUAUACGUAUACCGGCUUAACUACGCCGUGGUGAUAGUGUUCGUUGCUAUCACUCUGCAUCAAAUUAUUGCGCCAAAGCGACCCGCUAUUGAGCAGCAAUCGGGUGAAGGUGAGGAGUAGAGCUCCCGGGCCCCGUGCUACUAUUGUGCUCGUCAAUUGUAUUGUUGUUUAAACAUUGUAUUUCGAAAGAGACUAAGUAAUACAAAGAUCCUUAGCUAGUCAGCUGGUUUGCCAACG